AUGGUUCAAUAUUUGCUAAUAACGGCGAACGUCGGAUCUUUGUUCGAGCCAGAUGCUCGAUUGCACGCAGCGUGGGUCAAAACUGUCGCUGAUCAAGUUGACUAUGUCGAUCCAUCGUUUUUUGUCAUUCAUUUGCAAGAAACUGGCGGGAAGAAAUUCACAGAAUGUUCUCAACAAGUUCCUAUUAUCAUCAGUCGUUUAUCCACGGCACUUCCAAAGUUUGACCUCCUGAGAGCUUAUGUUGAUAUCGACUAUGAAGCUAUUGAAUACACAGCUCUCGGAGCAUUGUGCUUCAUCAAGAGGUCAUUGUGGUCCAGUGUCUCUCAGUUUAAUUUCCACACAAAGAAAUAUGAACAGCUUACGAGUCCAAAGGAAGUGGUUACUCAUGGAUUGGAGAAUUAUCCAUACGUCGUCAAACACAAAUUUCCAAAAGAUUUCUGGCCUUCUAUCAAAUGGGGACGUAAGGGAUACAUGCAGACACGAUGGAAAAUUGCAAACAGAGUAUUCGAUUUUGUCAAUGCUCAUCUUUUCCAUGAUGAAUCAAACUUGGCUCUUAUCCACGAGAAUCCACAACUCUACAGCCAAAACCGCAAGCGAGCACUCGACUUUGUUCUCUCUGAGUUGUCUGCCUUGGAGAAUGGAUGCACACCACUGCUCUUCGUAUUCGGAGACCUUAAUUUCAGAUUGGACUCUCGCUCUUUCUUAAACCGUUUAACUGAGCGGACCGCACCACAUCCCGUUGAACAAGAGCAGAUGGGCUCGUUGGCCGAUGGUCUUCAGACACCCACUGCCAGUCUUCAAGUCGCUGCACACCCAUCUGAGAAUCUAAGAAGGACAGUUUCUGCAAUUGAGUUCCGCAGGGAGUCAGACAGCGAUGACAGUCAAAACAGCUGUGUCCUCAGAAUCGAAAAGAAGAAGUUUGACUAUUUCAACCAUAAGAAACUCUUGGACGACUGGCAAUCAUACAGAGAUGACGAUAAGGAAGCUGAGAACUUCAAGAGCAUGUUCGAGAUGAACAUUAACUUCCCACCAACAUACCCAUGGAGUGAGGAUCCAGAAGAUUCUGAAACCCUCAUGAAGACAAGAGCCCCAGCAUGGUGUGAUCGAGUACUGAUGAACAAAAAUGCAUUCGGAUUGGUGAAAGAAGGCGGACCAGAGUAUAAAUCAUUUGGAAUGGAAACUUGCACUGGAGAUCAUAAGCCAGUCAUGUUGACAUUCAACAUCUAA